AUGAAUCCAGCCAUUCUUUCCAAGAUCUACAAGGACGCAUAUGCGCCUAUUUUUGGGAUUAUGCUCUUCACAGCUCUAGACCUAAAUCUUCCCACCCUUCUUUUAGAACCCAAAACCCUUUCUGAUCUCUCAGAGCUCACAUUUGCCAACCAAGCCAAACUUGACCACAUGCUCAAAAUUCUCUCAGUCCAUGGGUAUUUUUCUUAUAAUGAGCAAACCCAACAAUGGUCUAACAGUCCGUCAUCCGCUGCUCUAACAGACGACUCCUUAAGUAAAUCCAUGAAACUUCUCUUAUGGCCUUACAAGUAUGAAUACCUAUCCAGCUACCCAGAAUCCAUAAAGCACCAAAUAUCCUGCCAUGAUGUACAUUUUGGCUUUGAUUAUUUUAGUGGAAUUAUGAAUAAUAGAGAAAUUCUUCCAAUUUAUAGAGAUGGUGUCAAUGCAAUGGAAAAUCUUUUUAUUUCAAGAUUAAGGGAUAUUGGACUAGGGGAGUGCCAAAAAGUGCUGGAACUUGCAGGUGGGGAAGGAAAUUUGAUGGUAUAUCUGGCAGAGCAGUAUCCUCAUAUCACUGGGGCUGUUUUGGAGAGAUAUGAAGUCAUUGACAUGAUCCAAAAAAACAUUUAUGAGCAUAAUUUGCAAGAGAGAAUUAUGGCGAUUAAUGGAGACAUGCUUGGGGAUUUUUUUAUAUUAAAUAAAUAUGCCCAAAAAGCUAGGCAGCAGCUUUAUAUUUUUAGAAAAAAUUACUAUUUUAGCCAUAGUAGAGUAGGCGUGUUUUCUUAAUAAAUUAUACCUACAGACUAUGAUUGCAUAAUUAUUAAACAUUCUUUAUGUGAAUGGGACAAUAAUUGUGUCAAAAAUAUAAUUUCAAAUGCAAGAAAAGCGUUACAAGCUGGAGGCAAGUUUAAAUGGAUGGAUAAGUUUGCAGUGGAAAACUCAAAAAAAUAUUUACAUACAACAAUUCAUGAAAUGGAAGACAUUAGAACAAUUAGGACUUUAGAAGAAAGCCAAAAUUUACUCACAGAAUGUGGGUUUAGGGUUGAAAAGAUUGAAAAUUCUCUAACUCCCUCUCUCAAUGAGCAAACAAAAUCUUGGAAAUCUCUAGUUUUUGGGUAAACCCACCUCUGUGAGCGAACAAAAAAAUAUUUCUAAUAUAGAAAUUUUUAUAAAAUUUUUUUUAUAUAUAAAUGAUAGUUAUUAAAAUGAAAAUUCUAGAUAAUUCUUUUAACUCCAAGCAGAUUUAAAAAUAUAAAUUUUAAAUUAAUUUUCUCCUUUCCAAUUAUUUCGAAUUUGAUAUUUUUACCCCUCUUAUGAGAGAACAAAUAUAUUUUUUUGCUCAAAGAGAGAGGAUUAAGAGAUGAAUUUAUCAAUAUCGAUAUGGAAGUUAAUCCGGCUUCCGAAUAUAUCAUUCAUUCAGUCGCUAUUUAA